UCUGAGUUAAUCUUGACCAUUGAAAGAAACGACAAUGCAGGAGGAGUAUUCCAAUUUGCCAACAUUGACACUGAAACCAUUCUUUCUGUAAGUAAAUUAACUGCCACCUUAAUUAAAUUAAGGUGGCUCCCUACAGUUGUCCUUAUUUGCCCGACGUCUCUAUAGUACAGGCCUAUUAAUGCAGAUUGUGCAUUCUUUUCUACUUGGAGGCAAUAUCUAACAUCAGUGGAAUAUAUUCGGUCUGACAAUGUGACUGUCGCCAUGGCAACACGGCGAAGGUUUAAAACCUGCUUAUUUUAGCCACAAAAUUGUUUUUACAUUCUUUUUUAUUCCAUAUAUCAAAUCAGUAGAGCAUGAUGUUCUGCAACUUUUGAGAACAUUUAAUAAAAGUCAUUACAGUCCGAUUUUUUUAAAAGCGAAAAUUUUGUUACAAGAUUUCCACUGUGAAGAUUUUUUUAAAAUUUGAAAUAUAUCAAAUUUACUAAAAUUAAAAUUUGUGGUCAAAAUUUGAAGAUAGGUUACCGAUGAAAAUAACGAGCAAAAUGCAAUUCAUUUUGUAAAAAAUCCUUGUAUAACUCGUGAAAUUUCCCUUAAAUAAAUCCUUCUACAUGCAGUAUAAUGAUUGACCUACAUGUUUCUCUACUUAUUUCGCAGGAGAAUUUAAAUAAUCAGUUGACUGUCACUGUAGUACGAGUGGAAGGUGACUUGGACGAACGCUGGGUUAAAGUGAAAGCGAUAAAUGCCGGUACAGUACAUUCCUUAAAACAAAUACAUCCACCUUACAGUAUGUGGUAUUUCAACAUUACUCGCAACGUUUAAUUAAGCCGGUUACAGACGAGCAAGUUUUCUAUGACAAGUUUUUAUGUCAAGUUUUAUUUGCUCGUCUGUACGCGCAACUUUGACAAUUUGUUCUAUGACAAGUGCACUUGUUCAAAAGCUAGCUUUUGAACAAGUGCACUUGUCAUAGAAAAAAGUGUCAAAGUACAAAUUUUGUUCGUCUGUAUCGGUCAACAAAGAAAACUUGUCAAAGUAAUCUGAGCAUUUCAUGUGAUUGGCCAGCGGACUAUUAUAAUUUUUCUGUCAUGGCGGUGAUAAACACAUUCCUGACACGUUCACACCAGUAAAUAAAACUUGUCAUAUGAAAACUUGUCAUAUAAAAUUUGUUGCAUAUACACACGUGCACUUAAUGUCAAAUCAAACUUGCCACACAAAAACUUGUCAUGGAAAACUUGCUCGUCUGUAACCGGCUUUAUAGUCGUUGUACAGUAACUGAUGUACUUCUGAAUUAAACUGGUGGAAAGUUAGUAAGGGACAUAGACGAACCUUACGUUAAGCCCCGAGUAACGAAGAUGACAGUUCAGUGAUGAGAGUUUUCGCUAUGUGUGCGGUUUAAGGCGCCGUUUACAUGAGACUGGGACGAAGUCAAACCGGUGAAUGAAAAGUGAAAUUGUAAACAUGUUUACAUGAGACCGGUACGAAAAUCACAACAUUUUCAAUUUAUUUCCCUUGCCAGGCAAUUUUCUUUUUGGAUAGCUUUUGUUAGCAUGUGUUGUUCACUUGUUCCAAUGUCAAGGUUACAGCCGAGACCGGUCUGAAAUGUAUUUGUGUUUACAUUCAUCCCAGUCUGAAUUCAUGCCGGUCUGAAGUCAGUCGGCUCGUUCCAGCAGGCGGAAUGACUUGAGACCAGUCAGAGAUAUGUUCGUCUCGGUCUCAUAUGCAUGUAAACAUCUAUAAAUAAUACUAUGGCCGAAACGAAAUGGACUCAGUUUGACUUUGUUUCCGGUCUCAUAUAAAUGGGGCCUAAAUAUCCAGUCAACUCCAUUGAAUGGUCAACCCUCAUUCAACUCUUGUUAUCGGUUGACCGAGUCAUUCUCGUUGAGAAAAGGGCUCUAAUCAUGCAAACGCUCUUGUGCCAACUCCUAUCAACUCUCGUCCUUGUUUUAUCAGGACUUUGCAAUUACGAGUUUCUUAUUUUAGGAAAAGACGACUUUGAAUCAGGAGAAGCCGCGUUGAUCUUUAAAAAAGGUGAAAGAAGAUUGUCAAAAAUAUUUCAUGUCACAGAUGACAAUACUCCUGAGGUACUGUACAUACUAGUAAUAAGAAACAGUUAUUGGAUGGGGUUUUUGUGAUAUCCAGAAUUAUCAAGGUCGAAGUAAGUGCUAUUAUUAAUAAUACGUCCCGAGACCUUGAUAUAAUUCGGAAUAUCACAAAAACCCCAUCCAAUAACUGUUUUAAUGUGGUUAAACGUAGAUUUAAGCGAAGUUAACGGCAGAUGUAUCUAGCAGCGGGGAGCCCCUGACGUCACUUAGAACAGUUGCAAUUCUCGCGCAUCUGUCACUUUGCUACAGCUUGGCUAGCCAGCAACAACUGCUCUUUCGCUCUGUUCCCCUUCGCCCCCACCCUGGUUAAUGUUUGUUGAUACUCGGGUUAAUUUCUUUAUUUUUGUUUUAGUUUUUUUUUUUGUUUUUUUUUUUAAAUUUUGUUUUUUCUUUAUAGUUAUAGGAUACAAUCUAUAGACUACUAUAGAAUGUGUCCUUUUUUCCACUGAUCAUCAGUGUGACAGGUGCCGGAGGUCUGCCUUGGCAGAAUUGUCAUGGCAAACUCCUAUUGCUACUAUAAUUAGCCUUAUUAUUACGUUUUUUGCUGUUUUGUCAUAGCUGUUUGCCAUUGCUGUUUGCCAGAUUUGCCGGUUUGCCAUAAAUGUUUGCCAGUGUUUUGCCUAAUGAUUGCCAUUGCGGUCAUUUGCCCGACAAGGCUAGAUCGCCGACUGGCCUUGGCCACCAACGGCACCUACCUCCAAACUCAGAUACUCUGCCGUUAAUUACACAUUGCAUUUUCAUUAAUAAGUCUUUCGAAAAACAAUCAUUUCUAGCACUAAACUACUUUGGUUUUCAAAAAAAGCAGUGAAUUGCAUCACUAAAUCCAUAGUAUAUCCAUAUGAUUUCCAUACUAUAUUCAUGCUAUGGAAUUUUACUAUAUUCAUGCUAUGCAGGAAUUUGCAAUACUAGAUUCCCUUUAUUACGUUUUCGUAGCGUUUUGCAUUGUGGUUAUAGUGGUAUCACUGAUAUUCGAGAUGACUUAUUUUUUGUGCAAGAACUUUAAAAAAAAGCUAGGUCGCAGGUGCGCGAUAGCCGACAGCAAAAUAUUCGCGAAAACAUUCAAUAUUUUCAUUCGAGGCCGCUAUCUUUAUCAGUGGUACCACUAUAACCACAAUGCAAAGCGCUACGAAAACCAAGGGUGGGUUGACUACAAAAUUUUUGUAGUUUGCUAUAACUACAGCUACUUCAAAAAUAUGUAGUCAGCUACAACUACUGCUACUUUUGAACAAAGGUAGUUCGCUACUGACUACAGCUAAUGCUUAAAAAAUGUAGCGAACUAUUUCGCUAUUUCGCUACUCUAUAUUUUUUAGUUUUACGGUAUUUGGAGCAUCCACUAGCUCAGGCUGUAAUAUAACCUAUAACAAAUCGACUUACGAGUAGCAACAGUAAACAAAAAGGGUCAAAGCAACAUUUUUGUAAGCACUACAGUGUUCAGGAGUGCUACUUUUCAUUGCGCUAAAAUAAUCUUUACUCUAUUCUAUGAACGGUUGCCAACAAUUUUAAAAGUAGCGAAUAGCGAUUCGCUGUUUGAAAAGUAGUCAACUAUUUGGCUACUUUUAGGCAAAAUGUAGCUCGCUAUAACUACAGCUACUGUUUUAAAAAAAGUAGUCAAAAACUACUGGCUACUUGAAAAUUGUAGUUCGAUACAGUAGCGAACUACAACUACUUCGCUACUACCCACCCUUGACGAAAACAUAAUAAGGGGAAUCAUCAAUUGCAUCACUAAAUCCAUAAUAUGUCCAUACUAUAUUCAUGCUAUGGAAAUUGCAAUUGGUAUGAAAAUUGGAUUUCCAUACUAUUUCCAACGAAGGUCCAUGCUAUUUACACAGUAAGGAUUUUGAAUAAAAUGUCCAGUGUAAUCUCGCUCUGAUAACUGCAGGUUAACCAUCAUCUGCUUUGUGAAACCCGCGAAUUGAGUGGAUUAAAUCUCUUGUAGACAAACAGAACGUUGACAUUCCGUCUUUUUCCAUUUGGUUCUGCGAACGUGCAAGGCAUCCUGGGUAAUCCCACCGAGUUCAAUGUUACUAUACUGGAAAAUGAUGAUGCGAAUGGGAUUAUCGUAUUUGCUAAUACAUCGCUUUCUAUAGGUAUGUCGUUAUGGCCUUUAUCCGGUUAUCUGUCUAUUUAAAUUUUCUGACUGUUGAUGCCACAGUGGUUAGUGCAUGAGAUUUAAUUCCUCUAUUUUGCAUUUGUCUAUUAUAUCUUAAAAUACUCAUUAAUAAUUCAUAAACCUUGUGGCAAAUCAUGUCGGCCAUAAUAUGUCACGUGGAGUGACUUUAUAUCUGAUAAAACACAUGUGGCAUUAUAUAAUUGUUCAUCCUAAUUAGCAUGAUUGUAUAAUGGUUCAUCCUAAUUAGUAUUCUUUUGUAGUCGUAUUUUAAGCUAUUCAAAACACUCGUUGUCGUGUUUUAUCAGAUAUAAAUGCGCCUCGCGUUUUAUAUCUGAUAAAACACUCCUACUCGUGUUUUAAAUAGUACAUAGGCAGCCCAAUGUUAUGGUUGCCUGCCUGCGCGCGCGGGGGCGAGGCAUUGUAUAGUUGUAUUAUUUCUUAUAAAUAAUACAACUACAAAAUAAUACAACUAUACAAUGCCUCGCCCGCGCGCAGGCAGGCAGGCAGGCAACCAUAACAUUGGGCUGCCUAUGAUUAUACUGUAUAAGUAAUUUCUUAUCGAUCGCACGUAAGAAGAAUGUAUCUCAAAUCAAUAAUUCAUGAGUAAAUUAGCCAACCAUAUUGCUUUAUUUUGCUCACAUGAUAAUACUGGAUACCUGGUGAAGUAUAUUGAUUCAGUCGACCUAAGACUGGAUCAAAAUUAAUUCACCUCACUUUAAGUAGUGAUAUACUCGUAUGAGAUGUCAUUUCAAAUCCUCCAAUACGGACUGGACUAGAUUUCAAGUUCCCGCAUUUUAAUCCAGUCCUCGGACGUGAUCAAAUUGCGCGGACUUGAAAUCUAGUUCAGUCCUCAUGGUCGGAUUUGAAAUAUUACUUCCAGUUUGACUCCACCAGACACUUCAGGGUACUCCGGUUUCCUAUAGUAGUGACACUGGGCUUAAUAUAAGAUGGUCUUUUCUGGACCUCUAAAGAGAACUGAAUAGAACCGGUGGAGCUAUCCAGUAUAAAUAAAGUUAGUUUAGUUAUAUAAAGUUUCUUCAGUAUAGUAACUUGGAUCGAUAAGGAAUGACCCUUACUGGACCUCUAGGGAUAACAGUUUAGAAUUAUUGAUAGAACUAUCCAGUUUGAAUAAAGUUAGUUUAGUUCAGGUUUCCUUCUGUAGUAACACUGACCUAUAGAGUUUCGAUAGCACUGAUACUAUAUGUAGAAAAGGCUCAUGAAUAUAUAUUUCUGGUUAAUGGAAUGUCUUACUGUAUGAUAGAUCUAAAAAUCACAAUCCACCCUUUCUCUAUUUCUCGAACAGCUGAAAGCAAAAGUGACCGGAAAUCUGUGAGUUUUGUUCUUGAGCGACGGCGUGGUUUAUUUGGUGAUGUCAGUGUGUCAUGGAACGUCACUUCUGGUACUGACGCAUUGCUGGAUAUUUCACCGACGUCUGGGAAAGUUCAAUUUAAGGAAUUAGAAAAAUUUAAAAUUUUAGAGAUUUUCUCUGUUGAAGAUGAAGUAAGUCGAUGGGUUUAACAAACUUAAAAUAAAUUCAACCCCAAUCCUUAACCCUAAAUCUUUCUUUAGUCCCAACGCUUAUCUUUGCUUUGUGACGAUAUUUCGGGACAUUCAUAUGGAAGGGCAACCUCGUUCCCAGGCUUUUUCCUCUUUAGAAGGAAGACCCUGGUAAGAGCUGGUCACGUGGCCCACAAAAAUUGAUUGCCUAAGGGGAUGAGGGAAAAGUCCUCAUUACAGAGUGAGUGUUCGGUACAAAUUACAAUCAACUUUGAGAAUCGUAUAUACGUCAAAAAACUUGCUAAAUUUGAUUUCUGUUUACUUUUAAAUUAUGAAAAUUUGCUUUACAGAUUUUUAUAGCAACAAGUCCGGAAAAUCAAGCAAUAAAAACGUACAAACGUAUGCUUUGAAAUUGUUCUUAUGUUCUCUCGGUGGCUUGGGCGCACUUAAAGGCACUUUCAUUUCACACGUUUUUGUUCUGCCUCUGGUUCACAUAUUUAUAAUCAUAUAAUAUGUCACUAAAUUGUUGUUAUCUGGAAACAGUAUAAACUUAGAGGUCUCCAGAGCGACUGCGUGUUUAGGUCCUCUGAAGUCAGUUUCGGCAAACAUUUAUUGCACAUUUGGACACUAGCCAAAUAGAUAAUGAAUGUCCAUGAAUUUACAGACUGUUUAUAUGCUACUAAUUUUAUUAAAAAUUAUCGAUCGUUUAUAGUAAACACUGGGUAUUGUAGGAAGGAGUGUAUAAUGUACAAAAAAUGUUAGAGAAUCUACAGUGCAGAAUUAUAAGAUAACUGUAUGCUUUUCCAUUUUUGGCUGCACGAGUAUAUGUUGUUGAAGGCAAAUUAUUGCACAUUAUAUCUUUCAUAUAAUUCUAUAGCCAUUUACCCCGCCUUUUAUACCUUGCCAACUCUCAUCCAAGGCUUUACUAUUGACUAGCAUUAUAGUGAAACCCUUUUGUUGCAACAGCUUUGAAAUUGAUCUUGACAUCAAUGCAUGUUUCCCAACAGCAGGGUUAUGUAGUUGCCUGAAAAAUUCAAUCAGAACUUCGACGUUUCGAGCGAAAGCCCUUCGUGAUAUCUCCUACGUAACGCUACUGUUUGUUAUCAUUGCCGCAUCGACACCUACAUUGGCAUAUCAAUGUUUCCUUGCUGUAUAUUCUUUUAUAUAUUGUGCAGAUCCCAGAGCUGGAUGAAAACUUCACCAUCAACUUAACCCAAGUAGAAGGAGGCGCCAAGAUCGGCCAUCCCCGUGAGGCUCAACUUACAAUAGUCAGAAAUGAUGAUGCUAUUGAAUUCGCAGCCCCUGCGCACGUGCGAGUGGACGAAGGGGAGCGAGCUACUUUCACUAUACUACGUCAUGGACGCACAGACGAGGCGAUACACGUGAGCUACACAACGGAAGAUGGCUCAGCUAUGUCUAGUGAUCGAGAUUAUAACCCCAUCACCCAGCAAAUCUUGUUCGCCAACGGCGAAACACAGAAGAGUAUCUCAGUGUAUAUCUCGGAUGAUGACAAACCGGAGAGUGACGAGAAUUUCACCAUCGUGUUGACGUCAUCAACUGGGGAUACUUCCAUAUAUGGUAAUACGGUUGCCGUGGUUACGAUAGCGGCAAGCGACGAUCCUAAUGGUAUAUUUCAUUUCGAUGGGAAUUCAGAUUUGAAUAAAACUGCAAAUGAACGAGGCACUGUGAGCUUUAAGUGAGUACGACAAAACUAACUAUAGUAAUUAAAAUAUCUUUACAUAUAUUGGAUAGCUCUACCAGUUCUAAACUGUUCUCUCUAGAGGUCCAGUGAGUCAUCGUUAACUGAUGCAGUGUUAUUACAUGAGGAAACCUAAACCAAACUAACUUUAUUUAUACUGGAUAGCUUUAUCAGUUCUAAACUGUUCUCUCUAGUCUCUAGAGGUCCAGUAAGGAUCAUUGUUAAUUAUUAAUGCAGUGUUACUACAGGAGGAAACCUAAACUAAACUAACGUUGUUUAUACUGGAUAGCUCUAUCAAUUCUAAACUGUUCUCUCUAGAGGUCCAGUAAAGAUCAUUGUUAAUUAAUGCAGUGUUACAACAGGAGGAAACUUAAACUAAACUAACUUUAUUUAUACUGGAUAGCUGUAUCAGUUCUAAAUUGUUCUCUCUGGAGGUCCAGUAAGGAUCAGCGUUAAUUAAUGCAGUGUUACAACAGGAGGAAACCUAAACUAAACUAAUUUUAUUUAUACUGGAUAGCUGUAUCAGUUCUAAACUGAUGUCCUUAGAGUUGCAGUAAGGAUCAUCCCAUAAUUAAUGAUCCAGUGUUAUUGCAGGAGGAAACCUAAACCAACUUUAUUUAUACAGGAUAGUUCUAUCAGUCCAAACUGUUUGCUCUAGAGAUCCAGUAAAGACCAUUCCGUGUUGAUCCAGUGUUACGACAGGAGGAAACCUGAGUACCCGCUCUUCUCACAUACCACUGAGGCGAUUCCAUAAUACAACACUACAUAUUGUAGGAAUCGAACCCUUGUCGCAGAGGUAAAAGGUACAUGCGCUGUCAUCAAGCAUAUUUAAGUAUAUAAUUGUUCCUCUUCUUCUAGGGUUGUAAGAGACCGUGGUUUUUUUGGUAGUGUCGGUGUCCUCUGGCAGAUUUACCAAGUGUUUUCAAAUGGUUCCCGUCAUGCUCUGAAAUCUGGGGAUUUUGAUCAAACAUCCGGGGCAUUGGUAUUCCAAGAUCGUGAGCAGACAAAGGACCUGGUAUUGAGUGUAUCGUCUGACGAUUUAGCUGAGUACGGGGAGUCUUUUGAGGUUGUUCUUGAAAAUGUAACAGGUAACUAUGUUGACGUCUGAGCCUUUUUAAAAUGUCGUUUUAAAUUUUGUCUGUUUGACACUCUGUCCACACGGAAACGUUUUCACGGCAUGCAUGAAUGUUUGUCUCGACAAAAAUUCCAUCUCUGGCGACUUCUUGUCACCGUUUAUCUUCCACCAGACGGAGUCCUUACUUGUCAACGAGUUGCUCAUUAUAAUAAAGUAAACAGUUUUAUAUGUAUGUUCAGCAUCACCGAUACGAAGUCUGUCGCUCCUUCGAAAGCAAAACACAUUUUAAAUCGUUCAUAUUUCGUUAUGCACUUGAAAGGCUAUAUAUUUUGUUUUAUUUGCUGCUAAAGUUUUUAACGUAAGAAUUGAUAAUCCAAUGAAAGAUCUAAGCUUCCAGGAAACAAAAAUAUAAUAUGAAUUUUUUUCUGUGUUGGUGUUGUGUGCUUAGGUGAAUAUGAAGAUUGUGAUGUUACUCUUGAGUGUAUAUCCACACCGGGCAAGCUUGGGCUGGUAUUCCAAAGGUCGUAGGUUCGAUUCCCACCGUGGCCAGGCAUAUUUUUCAAGCUUGCCCGGUGUGGAUAUACACUCAGAGUAACAUCGCAGCAUCAAAAUUAUAAUAUUUUGACUUUAAGCCGCCAUCUUGGAUUUUUAGCGUUUCAACGCGAAAAACGUUUUCGUCAUAAGACGUCGUAUUCAUCCUUUUUCGUGUGGAUACGGCUUGAAAAUGACACUUUUUGAAAACGUUACAGCUGAAAACGGUCGAAAAUGUUGCCGUGUGCACAUUUAGUCUGAUAUACGUUACGUGGGAUAAGACAUGAAUCAUCACUAACAAUCAACUGUCUCAUACUGUAAAGCUUUAGCUUUGCGGGAAAUUUCCUGUGCAAAAAUUCUUGCAAUUAUGGAAAUUUGCGCAAAGGUUUGUAAAAAAACCCAAAUAAUUUCUGAAGAAUCUGCACAAAAUGCCUUUGUGAACCAAGAACCAAGCAGAUUUCUGAUCUUCCUAUUUGACAAAAACACUUUCCCACUGCAGCCUGCAGGAUCCCUUGGUCUGCCUUAAAUUUCCUGUGAAAAUAUCUGACAUUACUGCGCAUUUUUCCCAAGGAAAAGUGUGGUGUGAACUGUCAAGAGGUAUAUGCAUUGGUAAAUAUCGAGAUUUUGGGCGUCUGGUUCGAAAGAAGUAGUAGAUGGUUUUUGUGGCUGGAAUUUCCGAACGAAAGUUUAUAUACAUUUUAGGCCAAACCAAGCGCAGUUGCAAAAAAUGCAACUAUAGACCUCUGGCAGGAAUCGAACUUGAGGUCCUUCGAUUCCGGUGCAGCGCUCUAACCAACUGGGGCCGGUUGUAUAAAAACGUAGUUAGCGCUAACUGCAGUUAAAAAGUAGUUAACUCUUUUUCGUUCGCUGCUGAAAUAACCAGGGGCCGUUGUAUAAAACUCUUAAUCACUUUUUUAAUCACUAUUUUGUAGUUAAAUAGUGAUUAACUCUCAAAUACGCGCUUUUUAUUGGAUGACGUUUCCACUAACUAUAGUUAACUUUAAUCACUUUUUUAUACAAUCGGCCCCAGAGCUACAGAGCUCAGUUACUGAGCAGUCAACCACAAAUUCAUGUAUAUAUAUAUGUAAUGGAGUAAUGCGUCACGUUCGAUAGAACUAAUGGUUUUUUGUAGAUGGAAUUUUUGAACGAAAGUUUAUAUACUUCCUAGAAUGUACGUACAUGAAUUUUCGUUAGAAAGAGAAGCACAUCUACUAUGAAAGAGAAACUCUUUCCCUAUCCAAGGACUUUAUCAUUGACACGAAACUUGUUAGUACUUUCUUAAAGGCACAGUUCAGCCUUUUGAAUGAUGGUUUUUAAAGGCGCAUUUCGGCCCUUUUUAAUUGAGAAAACUAACCAGGAAAAUCAAUUAAGUAUAAUUCAAGAUCAGCAAACUUGAUUUUUUUAAACAUUUUAAAACAUUUUUAUUGUCAAAAACAUUGAGUUUACUGAUCUUGAAUUAUGCAUAAUUGAUUUUCCUAGUUACUUUUUUUUUUCAAUUAAAAGGGCUGAAAUGCGCCUUAAAAACCAUAAUUCAAAAGGCUGAACUGUGCCUUUAACACCAAUGAAAAUAUACCAAUCUUGGAUUCUCUCUUAGGGGGAUCGCCAGGCCCUGGUGGUAAACUUUCUUCCAAUCUGACAGUCGCAUAUAUUCAUAUUCCAACCAAUGACAAUCCUUAUGGUCUCUUUGCGUUUGCGCAUGACUCUCUGGACGUGAGUGUUGCUGAAGAUACAAAGCCUGGGUACGAAUAUAAAGCCACGGCUAACUUGACUGUUGUCAGAAAGCGCGGGAAAGACAGGGAUGUUGGGGUGAGUACAGGAUAA